AAGGACAUACUUGUCAUUUCGUGAAUCAAAUAGCUAUAGUGCUAGAAAAAGCGACUUCUUUCCGCUUUCCACUCCAUUUCGUCAUGGCUUGCUUCCACAAUGGUUCUUUAUCAGUAAAAAUCUGAACAAACAAAACUUUAGUAGAGAUUAAUUAAGCUGAGAAAAUAUUCUCAAAGAGUUCUGAGUUCAUGAUGGGUUUUGUGGGUAUUAUAAAAUUUGUGGUGAAAUGCCUUGACAUUGUUGCCUGAUUUUGAUGAUCAGUUGUUUCUGUUCUAUGGUCGCAGGCCUGUAUUUGGUUUGGGUUAUCCUUUGUAAGUCUCGCUCUCUUUGUUUGACUUUGUUUCCUGUUAGUGACUCGCGAUUUCUAAUGAUGAUUCAAUGUGCUUCCAUUCAAGCGAUCGAGACUAAUUCAAACUCAGACACCCAGAAACUGAUCGCUUAUUGGGUCUCCAUUUCUGUGGUUUUGCUCUUUGAACGUGCUUUUCAUCUUGAUUGGCUAACCUUCUGGCCAUACAUUAAGCUAAUGAUUGUCGGCUGCUUGGUUCUGCCUGACUUUGAUGGUUCCCUUUGUGUCUAUCAACACCUUGUUCAUCCAUGUCUAUCCAUGGACCUAAGAGUCAUCAUCUGCCAGUUCAAAAGGCUGGAGGAGUUGUUUUUCAAGAAAGAUGAUUUUCUUGUUGAGGUGGAGAGAUAUAUGAAGGAAAAUGGAAUUGAUGCCUUGGAGAAUCUCAUUGCUUCCACGAAAAGGAGUGCAAAGCCUAAUGUUGCUGUCAAUGAGAUCAAGGCAGUUGCAGCAGAGGAUAGGCUGAAGUUCGAGCCACCAAAUCUUCAAGUUCCACUCAAAGACAUUAGUGCUGCCAAAAUAACAGAGAAUAUAGAAGUUGCAUCAACCAAGCAGUUAAAGUUUGAACAACCUAAACUUCCAGUUCUACCCAGAGACAGUAAUGCUGUGGAAAUAACAGGGAAAAAAGAAGUCUCAUCAACCAACCAGGUUAGACAAAUAGAACCUAACAUUGGUCAAACAGUAAACAGAACAUUUCAGCCCCUGGAGAACAUAAAUACAGCAGCAGCACCAAUAGGAGGCAGAGAUCCUUACGAGGUACUACCUCCUGAGAAAGUCCAGAAGGUAUGGACCUGUGCUUUAUGUCAAGUAACAGCCCAAAGCGAGACGGUUCUUAAUUCACAUCUGCAAGGGAAACGACACAAGGCAGCUCGUGAACAGUUAAAAGUCAAGAAUCAAGCACCAAAAGGUGAGGUUUCCUCUGCUUCAGUGGGACAGAAAUCAAAUGUUACCACGGCAACUGCAAAGAUUGGUGUUAGAGAUCAUACUGGCAUAUUAUCUCCUCAGAAUGCCCAAAAAGUUUGGACUUGUCUUAUAUGCCAGGUAACGCUUAAAAGUCAGACAGACAUUAACUCACAUCUUCAAGGAAAACAACACGAGCAAGCUCGUGCGCUGCUGAACUCCAAGAACCAGGCAUCACAUAGCAAUGCUUCUUCUGCUUCAGUGGGAAAGAAAACUAAUUUUUCUGAAAACAAGCCAGAGAAGUGUACAAUCAGCAAUAAUACUUCAGCUGAAAAUAUAAUACAUGAAGCAAAGAAGCAAGGCAAGCAAGGGAACCCGAUGAAGAGCCUAUUUGUUGAGAUAAGAAAUUCUAAGUGGCGGUGUACAAUCUGCAAUGUAAGUUGCACCAGUGAGAGAGACAUGGCCUGUCAUCUUAAAGGGAAUAAGCACUUGGAUGUUAGCAUUUCCAAGUGGCAGUGCACCAUUUGUAAUGUAAAUUGCACCAGUGAGGGAGACAUCCACUGUCACCUUAAUGGGAAUAAGCACUUGGCUAGGAUGCGAGAAUUGGAUGUUCUUGGAGGCAGUCGGCAUGCCUGAGUCACUGAAUAUGUUCAUAUCAUCAUUGUAGAACACCUAUAUGUGGAGGUUACGGUGGCACCGAGAAUCUAAGAUACCUGUAGAUUAAUCAAUUACUUGGAUUUUGUCUCCCAUCUGUAUCCUUGAAUUCUAGUUAUACACGCUAACUUCUGAAGGUAAGCACGUGGUGGUACAAGGU